AUGACCUCCAGAGACAUCACCCUCCUCUGUCUCAUGCUCUGUCUGAGCCAGAAGAUUCAGGCACGGGAAGGAUGUUUUCCCAUUCCUAUCAUAUCUGCCACGCCCAGUUCUGUGAUUCCCUUGAAUGAGUCUGUGAAGAUCCUGUGCCGGGGAACUCCUUGGUCUUUCCUGUACCAACUGGAGAUCCUGGGAAACUCCACAAACAAGGUGGUGGAGGAAAAAUUUGGAUUUCAGGAGGAGGUUGAAUUCAUCAUUAACCACAUGGAUACAAACACUGCAGGGCAUUAUCAGUGCCGAUAUAAGAAAGAGUACAGCUGGUCAGAGUAUAGUGUAGCCUUGGAGCUGGUGGUGACAGGCUUGUAUGACAAACCCUUCCUCUCCACUGACCAGGACUCUAAACUGAUACCAGGAAAGAAUAUUUCCCUCCAAUGUGGUUCAGCACACGUCUUGUUUGAUAGAUUUUCACUGGUCAAGGAGGGAGGAGCCACCUUGCCACAGCACCAAAGUGAGGGACACCUGGGCAACUUCACCCUGGGUCCUGUGAGCCCUGGCUUCUCAGGGAACUACAGGUGCUAUGGUUGGUACAGUGACAGCCCUUAUGUGUGGUCAGCCCCCAGUGAUGCCCUGAAGCUUGUGGUCAAAGAUACCAUGAACCAAGACUACACGUUGGAGAAUUUGAUCCGAAUGGGCGUGGCAGGGAUGGUCUUUGUGGCUCUCUUGGCCAUAUUGGCUGAAAAUUGGCACACUUGUAAGGUUCCUCACAAAGAAGACAGGCAAGACUUGCCUGAACUGAGCUGGGGUAAGCAGAAACAGCAUACAGAACCUCUGGACCAACCCCUAAGAGCCUCUGGACUGACUUCUAACAGCCACCAGGCAGACACCGGGUGCUAA